AACGAAGCUAUACACGUGAGGUUGGGACCCGGCAGAAAACAGAGCGGUUAUCAUACUAUACACAGGAAAAGAAAUGAGGCAAAGAAAAUCUGAGAACAGACAUGGGAAUAAUACAGAGUCAAAUCCUUCAACUAAAAGAGAGGGAUCUAAGAAUGAGACAAAUGGUAGCUGGUGGGGUUUGCUAAAGUAUUCCUUACUGCUGUUAGUUCCUGGUUUUCUCAAUCAUGCAGCACUUUAUCGUGAGGAUGUAGCACUUAGACCACAAGGGGAAUUGUACGACAUUGGCUGGAAACAAAAAUUGUUUAUGGCUUGUUUAGGGCAUGGUCCACCCACAGUUAUUCUGGAUGCACCAACAGGCAAAUCUUCAGAUGUGUGGGCUUUGGUUGCUCCUCAAAUCGCUAAGGUGGCUAAAGUUUGUUUUUAUGACAGAGCAGGGCUUGGCUUUAGUCAAAGACCUUUGGUGAAUUGGUCUGAUCCAGAACAGGCCAAACGAGGCAAGCUUUCAACAAGUGAGAGAAUGGUGGAAGAUUUUCAAAGACUCUUCACUGAGAGUUCUGAUCAGCCAAAACCCUUUAUACUAGUUGGAGCUGAGUUGGGGGCAGUAAAUGCAAGAUUUUAUACUCAGAUGUUUGAGAACAAUGUUGCAAGCCUAAUAUUGAUAAAUCCACUAGUGGAGGGAAUGUUUGGGGAUGAUUGGACAAGGUUGUGGUUUGAACAAUAUGUGUUGUCUCAACAAGUUUUACAGUUUUCUGCAGCGACGGGAAUCACAAGAUUAGCUCUCAUCCUUGGUUUGAUGAAGGUUCCGUUGCAACAUAAACUAUUGCCAGCAAAUGUUACAAUGCGUCAAAAGUAUCUUUUAUGUAAACCAGGUCAUCUAAGUUCAGGAGUUGAUGAGUUUUUCUUUGCAAAUGAAAGCUUAGCUCAGAUGAGAAUGUUGAGGAAAAUUAAACCAUUUCCACAGUCAGUGGAUGUGUCUAUCAUCAGCAGUGCUGUGUAUGAUGACAAAUUGGAAGGGAACUUACAAAAGGUAUGGUCUAGAGCACAGGAUCAGAUAUCAAAUGUCUUACAUCCAGGAAGUGAAAAGAUUCCUCUUUCAGGAAACAUUCAAUCAGCACUUUUACAACAUUCUGAAGUUAUUGUGAAAGUUAUUACAAAACAUGUUAGUAAAUGGAGGCAAAAACAACACAAACCAAAGAGCUCCUGAUAUACUACCCCAAAUUACUUCAAGACUGUUUUAGAAUAAGUUUAUGUUCUAAGCACACGGAAUAAAAAGUUAAGAAG